AGAGCUAUUUUCCAAUGAAAAUCCGAGCUCUGUGCAAGUUCUGUGACCUGGAGCCCACCAGCUGCAUGGGAAAGGGAACGUGCGAGGUGGAAUGCAACAAGACGGCCAUCUGUGAGCAUGACGACGACGUGUGCGUCACUAUUUGGAGGAAGAAAGACGACAACGUCACCAUGGAGACGUUGUGCCACAACCCCGCUCAUCAGCUCUACGGCCUGACUCUGCAGGAUUACAAAAACGGUCAAUGCGAGAUGACGCCGAUUUCCGGCAGGAACUCCGACUUCUUCAUCUGUUCCUGCUCGGGGGAGGAGUGCAACCUGAAGGUCUUUUUCCCCUCGAAUGUAUCUCCAGAGGUGGUGGCUGUGGUUCUGGUCAGCCUGCUGCCUCUUCUGUUCAUGGCCAUCGUUUUCGUCGCCUCCUUCUACUGUUACCGCGUCUUCCGCCAGCACCAAGCGCACCUCCGGUGCAAGAAGUGUCCCCCCCUGGACUGCAGCGACGCCCGCGCCAUCAUGAUCGACGACGAGGGUUCGGACAGCAGCUCCACGCUGGCCAACAACAUCAACCACAACACGGAGCUGCUGCCCAUCGAGCUGGACGUCCUGGUCGGGAAGGGCCGCUUCGCUGAGGUCUACAAGGCCAAGCUGAAGCAGGGCUCGUCGGUGCGGGAGGAGCAAGGUUUCGAGACGGUCGCCAUCAAGAUCUUCCCGUACGACGAGUACGCCUCCUGGAAGAACGAGAAGGAGGUUUUCUCGGAUGCGGAUCUGAGGCAUGAAAACGUGCUGCACUUCCUGACGGCGGAGGAAAGGAAAGUGCAGAGACAGUACUGGCUCAUCACGGCUUACCUGCCGCUCGGAAACCUCCAGGAGUACCUGGUCCAUCACGUCAUCAGCUGGCACGACCUUCUGGUGAUGGGGAGCUCGCUGUCCUGGGGAGUGGCUCACCUGCACAGCGACCAGACGACCUGCGGCCGGCCCAAGGUGCCCAUCGCCCACAGAGACAUUAAGAGCUCCAACGUCCUGCUGAAAAAGGACUUGAGCUGCUGCGUCUGCGACUUCGGCCUCGCUCUACGGCUGGACCACUCGCUGUCCGUGGACGAGCUGGCCAACAGCGGACAGGUGGGGACGGCCCGGUACAUGGCCCCCGAGGUGCUGGAGUCCAGAAUCAACCUGGAGAACAUCGAGUCCUUCAAACAAGCCGAUGUUUACUCCAUGGCUCUGGUUCUGUGGGAGAUCAUCUCCAGAUGCAGCGCCAUCGGAGGGCAUCCAGACGGUGUGCGCCUCCAUAGAGGAGUGCUGGGACCACGACCCGGAGGCCCGGCUCACGGCGCACUGCGUGGCGGAGCGCUUCAACGACAUCGAGUACCUGGACAAGCUGUCCGAGUGCUCCGACACCGAGGUGAAGAUCCCAGAGGACGAGAAGUGAAGCAGCGCCCCCGUGGGGCGGCCUGAGGCAUUACAACCAAGCCGCUGGGAACGGCAGGAAUUCCAGUGGGCGGUGGGGCGGACACAGGAGCAAACUGGAAGCUGAGGAGCUCCUCCUACUGGAGCGUGGAGGAUCAGGACAGACUCUCAAAGGGAAAUCAUGUUAUAAAGCUUUUUAACCAAAUACUAUUUGCACUUUAAGAGUAUAUAUGCACACCAGUUUCUGUAUAUCCAUCAUCUUCUGUUUCAGCAGCAUGUUUCAGGUUUUUGAAAAAAGCUUCUUUAUUUGGAUGCAAAAAGGGAGCCGAGCAUCAAACGCCUUCAGAGAGAAUAAGAAUAUACUAACAUCAAGCUCGUGACCUUUGACCUACACCAGGAGUGUCAAACUCAAUCGGACUGGAAGCUAAAAUCCAAAACAAACCUUAAGUCACGGGCUGAACAGGAUUAAAGACUACAUUCUGAAAACUUUAAAAGUUAUGAACUAAAUAUACAGCAUU